GUCGAUAGUUCCGGCCAGAUGCAUCUUUGACUUUUGAGAAGGGAUUGGGUGUCCGGAAUACUACUGGUAACUAUUCGCCUGGAUAGGAUCUAGGAAUGUUACACGGCAGUAACGCCAUGGAUGAUUCACCUCGACCGCGACGGGCCGCCAGCAAGUGGUCACACCGGCACCGCCCGCUCGGACUCCUCAGCAGUUUACCGGCUGCAACGGUGGCCUUCCUACUACCGCUGCUGCUGAUGUCAGUGAUGAUGAAUUAUUGUUUGGGCGCAGACGCCGCAGAACCUGCUCCGCGAAACUGCAGCAGGGACUCUCGGAGAUGCGCGUCUGACAACGAAAUGACAAAGCACAACACGGUUUGCCAGCCAACUCCACCGAAUGUCUUCUUCACCCAGGACUGUGAGUAUCCGGAGUACGACUUCAGAGUGCUAGAUGAGUGUGACCGCCUCCCUGAGCAUCCAAUCAGCAGCAGCAUCCGUCUGCAGUGUACCAACACCCGCGAUGGUGUAGCGCUCAAUGUCAGCUGGGCUAUUACUGAUGACUCCUAUUUAUAUGUGACCGGGUUCAAGGUCAGCCUUUUUGAUUCUGGUGGCAAGCACUGUAGCUUUGUUCUGCCAGCAGCUACUAUGGAUCAGCGCUACCGGACCUGGUUUUUACUGUACGACUAUUCGGAAAUGAAGCCCUGCAUCAAAGAACGGUGGUUUCCCGGAGUGCUGGCAAGUCUACGAAGCAUCGCGUUGAGGAGUCUCCCCAUUGGCGUUGAGAAGGUUGAUCACGAAGCUGGAGUAUAUGAGUUGUCUCCCAGUGAUCAGAGCAUGGUGGAAAACUGCGCCUUGAGUGCUUCGAAGUUUGCCUUGGACCGUUGUCAAGUUGUUGAUCUCGACUACAACAUGAGCGAUUCCUGGACUCCCCGUACAGAGUUGACAACUCAACGCAUCUCUUCAGUUGAUACUCCUAUGACUACCACUGGUCCAGUGAAGGAAGAAGGAGUCAACGGCAGCGAUAGCAGUUACUCCAGUACCAGCGCCACCAACAGCAGCAGCAGCAGUACGGGCACACCAAUAGCUGAUACCAUCCCAACUACACGUGAGCUGAUCAGGGAGAGUGAUGUGCGGGAAGACAUUGUCCUGAUCCUUGCAGUUGCUCUGGCGUGUCUGCUCACGUGCGUGGUUGUCCUGGCCAUUAGUCGUGUUAUGCGCAAGAACAUCAAGUACCUGAAGAGCCCCGUGCUGAAAGAGCUAUCAACAAGCGCCGAUGAAGAGCACCUCAGUCCUGACUUUGGGUAUCCGCCACCCAGCUGCGGCCAUGGCGGCCCACUGCCACCACCUAUCACACCUCCUCCCAUUGCCAGCCAUCGUUCACAUGUUUACAUCUCUUACUCAAGAUCCAGCCCGCAACAUCGACUGAGAGUGACACAGCUCUCCGAUUGGCUACACGAGAAUGGCAUAGCCGUCGUGGCAGACUUCUACUACACAAACGAGGUGGCUUGCAGUCCGCAGUUCUUUGUCGAGAGAGGCAUCACAUCCAGUCGCUACGUGCUGGCCGUUUGCAGUGAGUCAUAUGCCGAUGUUUGGGCCACAGACUGUGCUGAGCACUCGACAGGCUGGUCCGUGCUACAACCACCGACAAGACUGACCUCGUGGGAAAUCAAUCUCCUCCGCGUGUGCAUGGGCAAACCGGCAAAUGAGAGCUCAAAAGUGAUUCCGAUAGUAAUGGUGACAGAAGAUGAUGACAUGGAGCUGCCUGAUGUACCCAGUAUGGUGCCAAUGCCACUGCUGGGGAGGCGCGUCUACGGAAUAGGAAACUUGGCCACGAGCAAAGACCAGUUGGAUUUGCUCCAACGCUUACAUGCAUGCUGAGACAACAGUCUCUCGUUUGAAGGUACCGCCGUUGACAAGAGUAAAUUGAUGCAUACUCCCUUUCUUGAGUUCUACCCCCCCCCCCCCCCCAUUAUAACGUUAUCUUUCAUUUCUUUUUAACCCAAGUCCUUGUUGAAGUUGAGACAAUUAAAUUGGAUCUAAACGUAGACUGCUAAUCCUGGUAAACUCCCACUGGAAAAUGUACAUAGCUUGUACAUAGCUUUCGAAUUCAAAGUUUGCAAAUAAUACAUGUAAUUUAUACGGAACAAUGCUUUGCUAGAUCGUGUGACGGAUCAAGGCACGAGCGGCUUUCCAUAAUUUUGCGGCUUUCCACCUCAGUACUAAGGUCAAUCCAAACUUUGGAUGCAAGUCUACCUUCCCCGAUGUUCAUGCGUGAUUAUGUAUCGGUUGAUCUUUUUCAAUUUUUAAAUAAAAUGGCACGUUGGGCUUGAUCGGAAAGAUUUAGAGGUGCCCGCCAGCGCCUGCAUUAAUCUACUGUAGGCAUAUUCUUUGUACAGAACACGAUUACGUUUCCCACGCCUGUACAGUGCACAGGACAAUGCGGGCAGUAACUCCUGCCGGAUA